CAAAACGAAAGUAAAACCUUCCCAGAGCGCGUUGUAAACUCGGAAGUAUGACGGAACUUCUGGACCGGAAAUACAGAGAUCAGUUAGGGACUUGGAUAGGAAAGACCUGUCACUUCCGGUUAUUGUACAAGAUCAGUAGAGAUGGAUGUUCAGCCACAACAUUCCAUCAGAAGUGUGAUGGUCAGGGACCCACAGUGACGGUUCUAUACAACACUAACAACACGAUAUACGGGGGGUACCUCUCACAGAGCUGGAAUUCUACUUGCUCAUAUUUGAAUGAUCCAAAUGCAUUUCUUUUCCGUCUGCAGUACAACGGGUCUUCAAACCCAUUAAAGUGUGCUGUCACCAAGACAGGUUACGCUGGAUAUGGACAUAACAACUAUGGACCGACGUUUGGUGGUGGGCAUGAUAUCCACACGUUUAGUGGAACCAUCAACUCGUCUGGAAAUUAUUUUUCAUUAAACGGAUAUCUCCACGGCUUGGGGAAUUCCUACAAUUUAAAUGGUCAAAACAUUGAUUCUAUUACUAACAAUAGCCUUCAAGUGACGGAUCUAGAAGUGUAUCUUGUAAAAGACGGCCCUGACCCAAACAAGUCAAUAAUGGAUUCAGAACUUCUGGAGAACCCUUGGAGAAAAUUUCCAGACUUUGAUGUAAAGACAGUGCAGCAGCUAAAGGAGGCAGUUGUGGAAUAUGAACCUGAAAGUGAGGCCAAUGUGACUGCAGUAAACAUUCUUCUGAUUGGUCAGAUCGGAGCGGGAAAAUCAAGCUUUUUUAACUCGGUCAACUCCAUUUUCCGCGAUAAAAUAACCAGUAAGGCUCGGAGUGGAAGCUUUGAGCACAGUCUUACUACAGUGUUUCGGAAGUACACCAUCAAGGACCAGAACUCUGGACAUAACCUGAAGAUCCGCCUGUGUGAUACCCGGGGUCUGGAGGAGGACUUUACAAUAGACGCCCAGGAGAUGGCUUACAUACUGGACGGAAACGUACCGGACAGGUACCAGGUAUGAUACAAAUAUAAAAAGAUACCAAUAGACGCUCAGGAGAUAGCU